AUGAAAUUCUCCACUGUCUUGACUACGGCCUUGCUUGUGUCCGCUAGCAACGCUGCUGCGCUUCCUGAAGCCGAGGCAGACGCCAAAACGCCAACCACCACCGUCACCACCACCCACACCGGGCCAACCACACACAAGUACGGUAGAUUUAACAACACCCAUCACGAAACCACCAAGACCACUUCCACCGGUACCCACAAGUACGGUAGAUUCAACAACACCCACCACGAAACCACCAAGACCACUUCCACCGGUACCCACAAGUACGGUAGAUUCAACAACACUCACCACGAAACCACCAAGACCACUUCCACCGGUACUCACAAGUACGGUAGAUUCAACAACACUCACCACGAGACUACCAAGACCACUUCCACCGGUACUCACAAGUACGGUAGAUUCAACAACACUCACCACGAAACCACCAAAUCCACUUCCACUGGUACUCACAAGUUCGGUAAGUUCAACAACACUCAUCAUGAUGUCGCAACCACUACCGUUUAUGAAGCUGAUGCUGCUCCUGCAGUUGCAAGUCCUUUCAUAAUGAAGAACUCAGUUAUCGGUUGGUCUGUUGGUGCCGUUGGUUGUGCCGCCGCUGCUCUUUUAUUAUGA